CUAUACUUGAAAGAGAACACCACGUAUAAAAGUCUCGCUCAACAGCAGACAAUACUCAUUUUCGUUUCGCUGUUCUUUGGUUCCAGUCCACAACAAACUUGCCGCGCAAUGUCUAAGAAUUCAUGCUGUCGCGGACCCGGUUACGCAACGCCAUUGGAUGCCAUGAAGAGCGGCCCCCGAGAGAAGCUCCUCUACACGGUGACGGUGCAGCCCAACUUGGACGAGCCCCACGGCGACUACCUGUCAACAAUCGACGUGGACCCCGAGAGCCCCACCUACUGCCAAAUUAUUCACCGCACGUUUACGAAUCGGAAAGGGGACGAGCUGCACCACUCUGGGUGGAAUGCUUGCUCGAGUUGCUACUAUGUGGACGAGAACGCAAAAACCAUUCCGAAGAGGGACAGACUGGUGUUGCCGGCCCUGAACUCGGACUUUGUCUACAUACUCGACGUGGUCAAGGAUCCGCGGAAGCCCGAAAUCAUAAAGACAAUCGAUGGCGACGUGCUAAAGAGCCACAAUGUGACGGGGCCCCAUACGACGCACUGCCUGGCCAAUGGCAAUAUUAUGAUAUCUGUGAUGGGCGACGCAGAGGGAAACGCCAAGGGUGAUUUCAUCCUGUUUGAUUCGGACUUCAAUUGCAUUGGAACCUGGACUAAGGGGGAAGAGAAGGCCUUGUGUGGAUAUGAUUUCUGGUAUCAGCCCUAUUUUGAUGUAAUGGUUGCGUCGGAAUGGGGAGCUCCCAAUAAAUUUCGACGUGGCUGGCAGAUCAAAGAUCUUGAAGACAUGACUCAGUAUGGUUGCAGGCUCAACUUUUACAAAUGGUCUACGCAAACUUUGUACCAAACCAUUGAUUUGGGUACGGAUGGCAUAACGCCCUUGGAGAUUCGCUUCCUGCAUGACCCGAAACGGGCCGAAGGGUUCGUCGGAUGUGCCUUGAACGCCAAGGUCUUCUACUUCAAGAAGAAGCCCGACUCCGAUGAGUUUGAGGCCAAAAAAGUAAUUGCCAUUCCGGAAAAGCUCGUGGACACUGGAAGCGGAACUGCGGAGGAAAUGGGUGGCAUGAUUUCAGAUAUUAUAAUUUCCCUGGAUGACAGAUUCCUCUACGUCAACUGUUGGAGGCACGGCGAUGUUCGGCAGUACGACAUCAGCGUCCCGGAACACCCAAAGCUGACGGGCCAGCUAUUCCUAGGAGGUGCAAUAUGCAGCGACCUACCCAACGUCGUUGUAAAGGAGGAUAAAGAAUUGACAGAGAGACCACCAGCACGUUAUGUCAAAGGUCGCCGUCUGGAAGGUGGCCCGCAAAUGAUGCAGCUCUCCCUGGACGGAAAGCGUUUGUAUGUCUCAUCAUCUCUAUACUCCCCCUGGGACAAACAGUUUUAUCCCAAGAUGGUGUCCAAGGGUGGUCAUGUUUGCCUAAUUGAUGUGGAUACUGUGAAUGGUGGCAUCUCGUUGAAUGAGGACUUCUUCGUGGACUUUGCAAACGAGCCCUAUGGUCCUGGCCUGCCCCAUGAAAUGCGUUAUCCCGGUGGCGACUGCACUUCGGAUAUUUGGCUGGCUAACGAUGAAUAAAUCAUAUUACCUCCUGCCAUUUAUCUCCAAGACAAGGCUUUUAACAGAUAAUUCAUAUUAAAUUAUAAUUAAUGUUUGGAGACAUCUCAUUCUCAUCUUCAUUCACAUAACUGGAGACAUCGCCGGCGUAUCGAUUUUUCUUCAAAAUAAAAUCCAAAA